CCCAACGGGACAAACAUGAGGAGCGCAGCCAAGCCCUGGAGUCCAGUCAUCAAAGCGGGGAGCCAUGGGACGGACCGUGCACGGCCCCUCCCUGCAGCUUCUUCCGGCAUGAAGAGUUCUAAAUCUUCGACCUCGUUGGCUUUUGAGUCCCGACUCAGCAAGCUCAAGAGGGCCAGUAGUGAAGACAUGCUCAACAAACCAGGGAGUGCUGCAGCUUCUGGGGUCGUUCGCCUGAAAAAGACUUCAACAGCUGGAGCCAUCUCUGAGCUUGCAGAGGGCCGCCUGAGGAGCAACCCAGGGGCUGUGACAACAACCAAACGGACAGGCAUUCCAGCUCCUCGAGAACUUUCGGUAACUGUCUCAAGAGACAGAACUGUGCCACGUGGUCCCUCCAACCCGAGGAAAUCGGUGUCCAGUCCAACUUCUUCCAGCACACCCACCCCUACCAAGAACCUGAGGACCACUUCCACAAGACCCAAGCAAGAGAAUGAAAGUGGAGAAAAGGCUGUGCUCGAGUCCCAAGUUCGGGAACUUUUGGCAGAAGCCAAAGCAAAAGAUAGUGAAAUUAACAGGCUUCGAAGUGAACUAAAGAAAUGCAAGGAGAAAAGGACUCUGAACACUGAGGGAACUGAUGCUUUGGAUCCAAAUGUAGAUGGAACAUCAGUCUCACCAGGUGACUUGGAACCUUUGAUAAGAGCUCUUGAGGAGAAGAACAAGAAUUUUCAGAAAGAGCUUGCUGAUCUAGAGGAAGAAAACCAGGCCUUGAAGGAGAAACUGACUUAUUUUGAGCAUUCACCAAAUUCAGAAGGGGGAACAAGUCAGACUGGUGACAGCAGCUGCCCAACAUCCAUAACUCAAGAAUCAAGCUUCGGAAGCCCAACUAGAAAUCAGUUGUCAGGUGAAAUCGAUGAGUAUAAAAAACACAUACACGAAAAUGCAUUACGGACGUCGGGUUCUUCAAGUAGUGAUGUUACCAAAGCUUCUUUGUCACCAGAUGCCUCUGAUUUUGAGCACAUCACAGCAGAUACCCCCUCUAGGCCCCUGUCUUCCACUAGCAACCCCUUUAAGAGCUCAAAGUGUUCCACCACUGGGAGUUCCCCUAACAACGUGAGUGAAUUGUCCCUGGCUUCUCUUACAGAAAAGAUACACAAGAUGGAAGAAAAUCACCAUAGCACAGCAGAAGAACUGCAGGCUACUUUACAAGAAUUAUCAGAUCAGCAACAAAUGGUGCAGGAAUUGACAGCUGAAAAUGAGAAACUGGUGGACGAGAAGACUAUUUUGGAAACUUCCUUUCAUCAGCAUCGAGAGAGGGCAGAGCAGCUAAGUCAGGAAAAUGAGAAGCUGAUAAAUCUCUUACAAGAACGAGUCAAGAAUGAAGAGCCCAGUGCUCAAGAAGGAAAAAUCCUUGAACUGGAGCAGAAGUGUGCAGAAAUUCUUGAACAGGGCCGCUUUGAAAGAGAGAAGCUGCUCAGCAUUCAGCAGCAGCUGACCUGUAGCUUACGGAAGGUUGAGGAAGAAAACCAAGGAGCUUUAGAAAUGAUUAAACACCUAAAGGAAGAAAAUGAAAAACUGAAUGGGCUUCUAGAAUUGGAACGGCAUAAUAAUAGUGUGAUGGCCAAAACUCUGGAAGAAUAUAAAGUUACCUUGGAAGGGCUGAAGAUUGAAAAUGGGUCUUUGAAGGCUCAUUUGGAGAAUGAGAAGCAAAAAGCUGUAGAGACCAGUCCUGUGGGGCAAACAGCAGAGGGCUGUGAAGUUCAAGAAACGUUGAAAGUAGCUCGAGCUGAGAAAGAUCAGCUGGAACGGUCUUGCACCGAGCUCAAACAAGAAUUACUAAAGGCACAUGGUGAAAUCAAACAUGUUUCAAGCCUACUAGCCAAGGUGGAAAAGGAUUAUUCUUACUUGAAGGAGAUAUGUGAUCAUCAAGCAGAACAGCUGAGCAGAACCAGCCUAAAACUGCAAGAGAAAGCAUCAGAGAGUGAUGCAGAGAUUAAAGACAUGAAGGAAACCAUAUUUGAAUUGGAAGAUCAGGUGGAACAGCAUCGAGCUGUCAAGUUACAUAAUAAUCAACUCAUCAGUGAGCUAGAAAGCAAUGUGAUGAAGCUGGAAGAACAGAAGUCAGAGCUGGAAAGGCAGCUCAAGACUCUGACUAAGCAGAUAAAGGAGGAGACCGAGGAGUGGAGGCGGUUCCAGGCGGACCUGCAGACUGCAGUGGUAGUAGCCAACGACAUCAAGUGUGAGGCCCAGCAGGAGCUGCGCACUGUGAAGCGGAAGUUGCUGGAGGAGGAGGAGAAGAACGCCAGGCUGCAGAAGGAGCUGGGGGACAUGCAGGGCCACAGCAGCUCCAUGGUCUCUGUCAGCUAGCAGAGCAUUUGGUGGAAGAAAGACAGCCCAGCCCUUGCCAUGAUGGGAAACCACAGCCAUUUCUGUAUGCAAGGGGGCAUAAUGUAGAGGAACAAUUACCUCUUUACAGAAAGCCUCACUGUCUCCUUAUAGCGUCCACUGUUUCAGAGUCAUUGCAGUCACGUCUCUGUACCUUUUUCUCCAUUUUGGAAUCAACUCAUUGCACGAUCAGAGAUGAUCCCUCCCUGUUUUUCUUUCUUUUUCUCAGAAGAUUCAGCAGUCUUUUGCUUGGAGCAUAAAAUGAAGUUGCUCUGAAAAAACACAAAGUACAAGUCUGUUGUGAAAAAAAUUUUUUAUAUGCAACUAGAGUGCUCAGAGAGAGCAGUGGCAUAGCAAAUUCAGAGCGCUGGUGAAUGCAACCCAUGCUUAUGUUUUACUGUUUGGAGUUUAAUUUUAUGCUUCCUUAUGAAUACAGUGUCUGAUAAUCUUGGAAUUAACACUACUUAAGGCAAAAUAGGAAGCCAUCUGUGUGACAUCUCAUUCCAGAGAAGUUAGGAAGUUCUGCUUCCUUCUUAUCAAGUCUUGAUUGAGCCUUUUCAGUCUGGGGUCUGACUUCAUUACCUCAUCUGAAACAAGCCACCACUAAGUUUUGGUUUGAUUUCCAAAAUCUCUGUUGGGUUCAACAUAAAUAGAUAUUUGGUUGGUAAUAAAGGAUGUAGUUAAACCAGAUAAGUUGACACAGUGACCGUGCUAAUUGGAAUCUCAACUGAAAACUAGUCAACAACUACAACAAAAGCCUCAUGAAUAAAACUUAGCCUGGGAGCUUAAAGACUUUUUAAAUCCAGAAACAUAUAAUUCAAAGUGAUCUAAAAUCCAAAGUGUGAUUUUAAACUUUUGGAAGUACACACGUUUGUGAAGAUCUGUAUCCAAUUCAGCAGCCUCCAUCAGGCAAGACCUACUGCAGUUCUCACGUGAGGAACCAGCGUACAGUCCAGACACGUCGGAUUGUUAGCUGCGUUAUCCAAGGGAUAAGAUGAGAGUCUGUCUAAGAGGAAAAUUAGAAACAGGAAUGCUGUUUAGCUCAGGAGGAUAUUUUGAGGUGUCAAACUGGAGAGUACAGAGUCACUAGAAGAUUUAGUUUGGUGAUCGAAAGAAGAGAUAUUGAUGUCUUUUCUGUAAAAAGUUUUAGACACUUGCUGGAAUUGUCCUAAUAGGAUAGAAAUUUAUACUGGGAGACCUUUACCUUGGAUUGAGCAUUCUUAGAAUGAUUUAAAAUUCAUUUGCCAAGUGUUUUCAAAUAUAGACAAUAAGAAGAAUGCAACCUCAACUUAAAAUGCAUGGCUGUAUUUGCACCCCAUAUUUUGAUCUGUCUUUACUCUGGGUACUGUUGAAUAUUUUUAUAUGUAAGCGUUUAUGAAGUGCUAAAUAAAU